AACAAGGGCCUCCAGCCACUGUGGCCUCUCGUUUGGGUCUCUAAGAAGCCCUAGCCAUUGGCUCCGCUCUCCACUCUCUGAGCAGGGGAGCCGAGGAGAGGGGGAAGGGUCUCUGUGGUUGGCUAGCUGCCCCUGCUGCACUGGGCCACCAGCUCAGGAAGAACCAUGAAAUGCUGGAUUUGGAUCCUGGGCCUUUUGCUGCUUCUGACCCAGAGCGGGGCCCAGCCUGAAGCUAGAAUGGUGAGACGGAGGUCCCCAGCCUUCAAUGUGACUGGAGAAAGACGUGGGGAACAAGAGAGUCUAGAACCCAGAGUGUUCACCGAGGAUGGCCAGUUAUGCAGCUUUCCUUUCCGCUAUGGUGGGCGGAUGCAUCAUUCUUGUACCUCUAAUGUCAGGUCCCUGAGAAAUGGUAGAAAGUGGUGCGCAACCACACACAAUUAUGACGAGGACCGGAGGUGGGGAUAUUGUAUCAUGGCACCCAAAGAGAACACAAGCAUCUUGGAUUACUGUGCCUCUAGCCCUUGCAGAAAUGGAGGGUCCUGCUCCAACUCCCAAGACUCUACUUCCUAUCACUGUGCCUGCCCUGAGGAAUUCACUGGCAAGGACUGCGAAAUGGAGAAAUGCUUUGAUGAAACCCGUUAUGAGUACUUUGACAUAGAUGAAAGUUGGGCUCGAAUCCAUCAAGGGAUUGUAGAAUGGUGCAAUUGCUCCAAGGGUCACAUUGAUUGUGAGAAGAUACGAUACACAGGUAGCCUGGACUCCCUCCCCACCCUUCAGCAAGCCUGUGUGAAUAACCCGUGCCUCCACGACAGUGAGUGUAGAAAGAUUGUCUCCACGGGGAAGACCAUCUGCGCUUGCCAAGGGAUCUACAAGGGGAAAUACUGCAACAUCGUAGAUUCCACACAGACCUGUUACUUAGGGAAUGGCACAGAAUAUCGGGGGCAUUGCCAAGAGACCUAUCUCGGUCAGAGCUGUUUGCCCUGGAAUUCGGAUGUCCUGUAUCAGGAGCUUCAUGUGGACAGUGAGAAGGCCGUACACCUGGGGCUGGGCCCUCACUCCUACUGCAGAAAUCCCGACAGUGAUGAGAAGCCGUGGUGUUACAUCAUGAAGGACAACACUUUGUCCUGGGAAUACUGCAACAUUUCAGCCUGCGAGAACAACCCAAGGAGUGGGGCUCGAGCCACCAUGGAACUUUUCACGAUUCCUGAGGUUUCACUGCCCAACAGACGGGCCUGUGGGAAGAGGCACAAGAAGAGGACGUUCCUGAGGCCUCGAAUUAUUGGAGGCUCGUCCUCCUUGCCAGGAUCCCACCCAUGGAUGGCGGCCUUGUACAUUGGGGAGAACUUCUGUGCUGGCAGCCUCAUCCACUCCUGUUGGGUAGUAACAGCUGCCCAUUGUUUCUCCAACAGCCCACCCAAAUCAAGUUCACAGUUUACGGGCCAGCAUUUCUUCAACACAUCCACAGAUGUGACACUAUCGUUUUGAAAUUGAGAAGUACAUCCUUAUCCAAAUUCUGUCUUCAGUCCCAGCAAUAAUGAUCUGUGGACUCUGGUUAGGCUGAAGAAGAAGGGGGACCGCUGUGCUACUAAGUCCCAGUUUGUCCAGCCCAUCUGCCUUCCGGAGAGUGGCGUCACCUUUCCUGAUAAUCACAAGUGUCAGAUUGCGGGAUGGGGACACAUGUAUGAGAAUGUUACCGGUUACUCGAGCUACUUACGAGAAGCAUUGCUGCCUCUCAUUCCUGAUCACAAAUGUAGCAGUCCGGAGGUUUAUGGUGCCGACAUCACCCCCAACAUGUUCUGUGCUGGGUACUUUGAUUGCAAAUCAGAUGCCUGUCAGGGUGACUCAGGGGGGCCCCUAGCCUGUGAAAAGAAUGGGAUCGCUUACCUUUAUGGGAUCAUCAGCUGGGUGAUGGCUGCGGCAGGUUCAAACAAGCCGGGUGUUUAUACACGAGUGACCAACUAUGUGGAUUGGAUCAAUGACUAGAUACGGCCUUCCCUAGAAAGUAACUGAUGCCUGAGAUAAGCCAUGAGGAGUUUGCCUGGCCCUGCUUUUCCUCUGGACAUCACUGGAUGUAUUCAUCAUCACAAGCGCUAGUUGCAUUGAACUGUGCUGACCUUUUGUAAGGAUACUUUGCCAUGACAAUAAUAAAGCAUUUUUGAAAGUUA